AUUUCUCAGCACAACGAUACUUAAGAGGGACAAUCGCAGUACACCCAUGGAAAGCUUGAAGCUUUCACAGCCUUUGUGCAGUAGCCAUGGCUGGAAAUCUCUCAUUCCACUUCCCACUUCAAGAGUUUUGCCCAAAUCAACUUUCCACAUCUACCCAAAUCGUAAAUUGGGCCUUUCCACCGGCUUCAUUAUCACAGCAAACGUAGCCCUCUUCUCUUCCAAUGUAUUUCCCAGCAGGCAUUGUGUUGUAACACAAGUUCGGAACAUGAAGUUUAGUACUAAAAGUACAUCAGCAUCUGUACAGUCUGCAACUGAUGAACUGGUGGAGGGUAAGUCCAAGGAUCUCUCUGUGAGUGGGGAUUCCAUACGCCGUCGGUUUCUUGAUUUUUAUGCUGCCCGUGGUCAUAAGGUUCUUCCAAGUGCUUCUCUUGUGCCAGAUGAUCCCACAGUUCUACUAACGAUUGCGGGAAUGCUCCAAUUUAAGCCCAUAUUCCUUGGUCAGGUUCCUAGACAAGUUCCUCGUGCUACAACUGCACAGAGGUGCAUACGUACAAAUGAUGUGGAGAAUGUAGGCCGAACAACUCGACAUCAUACGUUCUUUGAGAUGCUUGGAAAUUUCAGUUUUGGGGAUUACUUCAAGAAGGAGGCAAUCCAAUGGGCAUGGGAGCUUUCAACUGUAGAAUUUGGGUUACCAGCUGACAGAUUGUGGAUUAGUGUCUUUGAAGAUGAUAAUGAAGCUUUUGAAAUCUGGCAUGACGAGGUGGGCGUUCCUGUAGAGCGUAUAAAGAGAAUGGGUGAAGAGGACAACUUUUGGACUAGUGGAGUUACUGGUCCAUGUGGCCCAUGUUCUGAGAUUUAUUAUGAUUUCCAUCCUGAGAGGGGCUAUGCUGCCAUUGAUCUGAAUGAUGAUACGAGGUUUAUAGAAUUUUACAAUUUAGUUUUUAUGGAAUUCAACAAGAAGGAUGACGGCUCGCUUGAACCCUUGAAACAGAAGAAUAUAGAUACUGGGCUUGGCUUGGAGCGUAUGGCUCGCAUUCUUCAGAAGGUUUCAAACAACUAUGAAACCGACUUGAUCUAUCCAAUUAUAGAGAAAACCUCAGAAUUGGCAAAAGUACCGUAUGGUCUAGCUGAUGAUCAAUCAAAACUGAACCUCAAAAUUAUAGGAGAUCACAUGCGUGCAGUUGUAUAUCUCAUAUCAGAUGGGGUUGUUCCAUCAAAUAUUGGAAGAGGUUAUGUCGUUCGACGGCUUAUUAGAAGAGCCGUUCGUACUGGUAGGAUGCUGGGUAUAAAGGGAGAUGGUCAGGGAAACCUUGAAGGAGCAUUUUUACCAACCAUUGCAGGAAAAGUAAUCGAGUUGAGCACCUACAUAUAUCCAGAUUUGAAAAAUAGAAUACCCCGCAUUCUUGAGGAGUUGAAAAGGGAAGAACUUAAAUUUGUGCAGACAUUGGAGAGAGGGGAAAAAUAUCUUGACCAAAUGCUAGUUGACUCACUGUUAAGUGCAAGAGAAAGUGGGACUGCACCUUGCUUGUCAGGAAAAGAUGCAUUUCUUUUGUACGAUACGUAUGGAUUUCCUGUUGAAAUAACAGCAGAAGUGGCUGAAGAACGUGGUGUAAGUAUAGAUAUGAAUGGUUUUGAUAUUGAAAUGGAAAACCAAAGGCGUCAAUCCCAGGCUGCACAUAGUGCUGUUAAACUUUCCAUGGGAAAUAGUGCAGAUGUUACAAAAGAUGUUGGGGACACCAAAUUUCUUGGAUAUGAAACCCUUUCUGCAACAGCCGUAGUGGAAAGUCUUAUAGUGAAUGGGAGCCCUGUCCUACAGGUUUCCGAAGGAAGUGAAGUAGAAGUGUUGCUGAACCGAACACCAUUUUAUGCAGAAUCAGGAGGUCAAAUUGGAGAUCAUGGAUUUUUAUAUAUUCCACAAGGUGAAAACCAGUACAAGGCUGUUAUGGAGAUAAUAGAUGUCCAAAAAUCUAUGGGUAACAUAUUUGUUCAUAAGGGUACGAUCAAAGAGGGAGCUUUAGAAGUUGGCAGAGAAGUGGAAGCAGCAGUGGAUGCAAGACUAAGACAGCGGGCUAAGGUUCAUCAUACUGCUACUCAUUUGCUGCAAUCUGCACUCAAGAAAGUUAUAGGUCAGGAGACAUCACAAGCUGGUUCGUUGGUGGCUUUUGAGCGUCUAAGGUUUGAUUUCAACUUCCACCGACCACUUACUGACAGCGAGCUUGCGGAAAUUGAAAGUCUGGUUAAUAAAUGGGUUGGGGAUGCAACACCGCUUCAAACUAAAGUGAUGCCUCUUGCUGAUGCCAAAGGAGCUGGGGCUAUAGCAAUGUUUGGUGAAAAAUAUGGUGAAGAGGUUCGUGUUGUAGAGGUUCCUGGAGUAUCCAUGGAACUUUGUGGUGGGACUCAUGUGAGCAAUACUUCUGAAAUACGUGGAUUCAAAAUAAUUUCAGAACAGGGUAUUGCAUCUGGAAUCAGGCGUAUAGAAGCUGUGGCAGGUGAUGCCUUUAUUGAAUAUGUCAAUGCCAGAGAUUAUUACAUGAAACAACUAUGUUCCACCCUCAAAGUGAAAGCUGAAGAAGUAACGAACAGAGUAGAUAAUCUAUUAGAGGAGUUACGGAUGACAAGAAAUGAAGCUUCUACCUUGCGGGAAAAAGCAGCAGUUUACAAAGCAUCGAUCAUGGCAAGCAAAGCGAUUUCUGUGGGAACUUCACAAAAAGUCAGUGUACUGGUUGAAUCCAUGGAAGACACUGAUGCUGAUUCACUAAAAAAAGCAGCCGAAUAUCUGAUAGAGACGCUAGAAGAUCCGGCAGCUGUCAUUCUGGGCUCUUGUCCAGGUGAUGAGAAGGUAAGCCUGGUUGCCGCAUUCACCCCAGGAGUUGUCAAUUUGGGAAUACAGGCGGGGAAGUUCAUAGGGCCCAUAGCUAAGUUGUGUGGUGGUGGAGGGGGCGGAAGACCCAACUUUGCUCAGGCAGGAGGGCGGAAGCCUGAGAAUUUGUCCAGUGCACUUGAAAAAGCUCGGUCCGAGAUCAUCUCAGUUCUAUCUGAAAAGGCAAGUUAAAAAAUCAUUCAUCAGAGUUCUAGUUGAAGGCUCCAAAGGAAUAUUGUUUGUCAUACUGGUGGGGAUAUAAAUACAGAUAUACUGUUUUUUCCUUUCAUGGAAAGGGGAAAUUGUUAAUAUUGUAGAGCGUGGAUAGCAAAUAGGUCCAUAAAUCUCAGCCAUCCAAUUCCAGUUGUAAGUUGCACAUUUGAGUAGGAAAUAAAAACCUAUCUGAGAUCGGCUUGAUUUGUAA